CUCACGAAGCGGAAAUCAGUACAAUAUUUUAUUUUUCCAUCCCGUCAACAAUAUUGUUGACAAUGCAUAACGACCCAAUCUGAAGUUCGCUAUGUUGAUAGCUCACUACAAUAUUCUAACAGUCUUGGGGACUACAAUAUAUGGCUUGUCUGCCUUUUCAAGGGACACAGUUCUUUUUAAGAUCCUCAUUUCCAAAAUAUCUCCCUCUCUUUAAUCUGCGAGAGAUUUCGACUUUUUUUUUUAAAUAGCGCUUAUCUAUUUUUUCCAGCUUUGUUACGCAUCCUGUUCUCUCCAGAACUUCUCCCGGUGUUGUCCAAGCAAAUCAUCAGAUAGUAUCUGUCCAAGAAACUCAUCAGAUACUAUCUGUCCUCGCAUUUCUUGUCAGUCAUUUGAAGGAACAGCGAGAAGCAGUCAUGUCUGCGUCAGCACCUUUCGAUGCGUUCAAUCAAUCUUUCACCCUGCUCUUGCCGGACAAGACGCCCUUUGAUGUAUCCAUUCAGGAACUGGAUGCCUACUACAGUUAUGGAGUGGAUAUAUGCAUCAAUUACAGCGUACAAAUGGCCGCCUCGGCGGUGCUUCUUCUUAUCCUGCUCUUGCUCACCAAAGGAGAAAAGUGGAGGUCUCCUAUUUUCCACCUGAAUGUCAUCUCUUUGGCUCUCAAUACCAUUCGUUCUCUCUUGCAGACUCUCUAUUUCACCGGUCCUUUUUACAAAGCAUAUGCCUUUUUCGCGGGAGACUAUUCACGAGUACCUCGGCAUCAGUACGCAGUUUCCGUUGCUGGUAUCGUCCUCACGUUCCUCCUCCUUACGUGCGCAGAGAUAUCUCUCAUUCUGCAGACACGCGUGGUUUGCGUGACAUUGAAGCGUACGCAUCGAAAUUGCAUUGCGGCAUCGUCCAUAAUUAUUGCUUCUCUGGCCAUUAGUUUCCGCUUCGCUCUGAUGAUCAAAAACGCAGAGUAUAUCGUCAAAUUAGAGAGCUUCACUCCCUUCAAAUGGCUAGCCAGCACGUGCAAUAUCACCUUGUCUAUCAGCAUCUGCUAUUUUAGCGGCGUCUUCGUGACAAAAUUGGGCGUGGCGUUGCAUCAGCGACGGAAGCUCGGACUGUGCCAGUUUGGACCCAUGCAGGUCAUUUUUAUCAUGGGGUGCCAGACGCUGAUUAUUCCUGCCAUCUUUUCCAUCCUCCAGUAUUUCACAAACGUCCCGGAAAUGGGUUCCAACGUUCUUACAGUUGUAUCGAUUUUCCUUCCCCUGUCUUCGAUGUGGGCCACGUCCUCCACUUACGGGCAAUCCUCGGCAUCCAGCGAGCCCUCUGCAAGACAAAAAUUAAUGAGUAGCUUCACGUCGGAGUCUUCGAGAACGCCAUUCAGUGACGGUAGAAGCUCGAGUCCUCAUCAACCCCCGCGUUCUUCACGUCAUCAUCAUUCGUCGCCACUCGGAAUGUCCUCAUUUUCGAGCGGUCAUCUUUCUCAUCAGACUUCCCCCAGCAUUGGCAGCAAACAUCUUGGCCUGUCUAGCCAUGUGGAGCGAGAUGUCGAAGCUCAGCAUAACGCGCACACCGAGGACGGUGCUAUCAGGGUGGAGCGGAGAUUCAGCAUGGCGAGUGACAGCAUUUGAUCAUGAACAUGGGAGCGGGGCAGCCUACUUUUUCCUCUGUACACACCAUUCUCAAUGUAAACAAGGAACUUGGGCGGAGUUCCAUGCGUCGAGCAAGCGAAGUCUUUCAAACUUUAGAUGUUACAAUUUUAUUUUAUUUUCCCCGUU